ACUGCUUUGCCUAAAAGCAGGGACUGACGCAGGGUCCGCGCGCAUGCGCGGUCCGCCCACGCCCGCCAACAUGGCGCCGGUGGAGCACGUUGUGGCUGACGCCGGAGCUUUCUUGAGGGACGCUCCUUUGCAGGACAUCGGAAAGAACAUCUACACCCUCCGGGAGGUGGUCCGAGAGAUUCGCGACAAGGCCACGCGCAGGCGGCUGGCCGUGCUGCCGUACGAGCUGCGGUUCAGGGAGCCCUGCCCGGAGUACGUGAGGCUGGUGACUGAGUUUUCCAAGAAGACUGGGGACUAUCCCAGCCUCUCUGCCACAGAUAUCCAAGUGCUGGCCCUCACUUACCAGCUGGAAGCAGAAUUUGUUGGGGUGUCUCAUCUAAAAAAAGAACCAGAAAAGGUUAGAGUGAGCUCUUCAGUUCAGCACCCUGAAACUCCUCUGCACAUUUCUGGUUUUCAUCUGCCCUCCAAGCCUAAACCCUCGAAAGAAACAGCGGAUCAUGGCCACCCAGCUGAUGGGCCUGAGAACCCAGAAUUCAGCUCCUUCAUGUUCUGGAGGAACCCUCUGCCUAACAUUGACCUCGAACUGCAGGAGCUGCUGGCUGACAGAGAGGAGGAGGAGGAGGAGGAGGAGGACUGUGAAGACAGUGAAGACAGUGAGGACGACGGGGGCGGGUGGAUAACCCCCAGCAACAUCAGGCAGAUCCAGCAGGAGCUGGAGCAGUGUGACAUCCCAAAGGACGUGCGAGUUGGCUGCGUGACCACAGACUUCGCCAUGCAGAAUGUCCUGCUCCAGCUGGGGCUGCACGUGCUGGCAAUGAACGGCAUGCUGAUCCGAGAGGCCCGGAGCUACAUCUUGCGCUGUCAUGGCUGUUUCAAGACGACAUCGGACAUGAACCGAGUAUUCUGCGGGCACUGUGGGAACAAGACCCUGAAAAAGGUGUCUGUGACUAUCAAUGACGACGGUACCUUGCACAUGCAUUUCUCCCGAAACCCCAAAGUGCUGAACCCAAGAGGCCUCCGGUACUCACUGCCCACUCCCAAAGGGGGCAAAUACGCCGUCAACCCCAACCUGACCGAGGAUCAGCGCUUCCCGCAGCUGCGGCUCUCCUACAAGGCCAGGCAGAAGACUAACGUGUUUGCCCCUGACUACAUAGCCGGCGUGUCUCCCUUCGCAGAGAAUGACAUCUCCAGCCGCUCCGCCACCCUGCAAGUCAGGGACAGCACCCUGGGGGCAGGGCGGAGACGCUUGAACCCCAAUGCUUCCAGAAAGAAGUUUGUAAAGAAAAGGUGACGUUGCAAGCCCUGCAGGCAGAGCACCUUGCAGCCGGCUGCAGAGGAGCUCUGGAGUAUCAUCCCCAGUGUCUGGUCUGCAGCCGUCUACACAGAAGAGUAGGCCUGGCUCUCGAGGCUGUCCGAGCCUGUGCUGUGUGGGGUUGCAGAGCACACGCCGCCCUGCUGUGAGCACGCAGAGCCGGACUCCACCUGGGAAGGGGGCUGGAAGCAGAAGGAAGCGGGCCUGCAGCAAAUGUUGAGCCUUGAAGUUCAAAGGAAGAAACACCCAAAUGAUAAUCUUUUUCUAAUAAACUUGUUGGCCAGCUCCUCUGCCUUUCUGUUCUCGUGCCCUUUGUGGAUGUGGAAGUUAACAUGACCAUUGCCUGAGGACCAACUCUAUAGAUUACUUUAUGCCAGAAACUAAGUACUCUACAAUAAAACUUUAAAUUUUUAAGCUUU